AUGAUCGGCAGGCUCGCUUUAGCCGCCGCCCGGGCGGCUGCACCUGCGACGCGCUCGCAUAUUAUGUCUACAGCUGCACGUUCGUUCGCUUCUGAGGGCAGUGCCAGUGGCGGCGGCAGCGGCAAGGUGCUCUUGGUGGUGGGCGCUGCCGCUGCCGGUGGAGUUUACGCCUGGAAGACUGGCCUGCUGGACAGCCUGAGCGGCAGCCCUGGCCCCGUGAUUACGGCUCCUGCCAAGCCAGACUACGGUGCGGUGCGCAAGGCGAUCGAGGACGUGCUGGAUGUGGAUGGCUAUGACGAUGGCUCCUACGGCCCCGUGCUGGUGCGCCUGGCAUGGCACUCUGCGGGGACGUACGACAAGGCCAGCGGCACCGGCGGCUCCAACGGUGCCACCAUGCGCUUCGCUCCUGAGAGCGAGCACGGCGCCAACGCGGGCCUGGCCGUGGCCAGGAACCUGCUUGAGCCCAUCAAGGCUAAGUUCCCAUGGAUCACGUACGCAGACCUCUACACCCUGGCUGGGGUAACCGCCAUUGAGGCCAUGGGCGGCCCCACCAUCCCGUGGGCUCCCGGACGCAGCGACGCACCCGACAGCACCGCGUGCCCUCCUGACGGCCGCCUGCCCGACGCGAGUCUGGGCGCUGCCCACAUCCGCGAGAUUUUUGGGCGCAUGGGCUUCAACGACAGGGAGAUCGUGGCGCUGAGCGGCGCACACACGCUGGGCCGCUGCCAUGCCGACAGGAGUGGCUUCCUGGGCCCCUGGACCAACGCGCCCACCACCUUCAGCAACCUGUACUUCCAGGAGCUGGUCAACAACAAGUGGCGCAAGAAGCGGUGGAGCGGCCCCGUGCAGUACGAGGACAAGAGCGGCGAGCUCAUGAUGCUGCCGACUGACAUGGCCCUCAUCUGGGACCGCAAGUUCAAGCCUGUGGUUGAUGAGUACGCCAAGGACGAGGAGACCUUCUUCAAGGACUUUGCCGCGGCUUUCUCCAAGCUCUUGGCACUGGGGGUGCCCGGCCAGGCGGCCUGA